AUGCCACCACGUGGACGGCAAAAAGAUCCUAAUGGCGAAGGCAGCGUCAGUGAGAAAAGGAUACGACAACGUUUUGGACAGAAUGAGGAUUAUCUAUUGAUUCUUCAGGUGAAAAGGGAUACCCCAUAUAAUGCUCGACAUGGCGCUAUAGGCGACACUUGGGAUAAUGUGGCGGAACGUCUGAAUAAACAUCCGGAUUUUCAUAUGCGACCAAUCAAAGGCACGACAGCAAAGACACGGUUCGAUACACUAUUACAUCGUCAUCGCAACUGGAUAAAAAGUGAAAAUUUCGAACAUUCGAAAGAAAUAAAGACUCCUUUUCAAAAAAUUAUGACCGACUUGGUAAAAACUAUUGAUAUUCGUCCAAAGGGGAAGGCAAAUUUCAAUGAAAAAGAUGAUUUUAACGAAAACGAAGAAAAAACCAAAACUACGACUAUGAAUAUUCGAGCAAACGGCAAAAAACGUCAACGAAGUGACAGCUUAGAAACGGAAUCAGAACCUCCUGUCAGACGAGACAUCUCGAUGCUACCACGUACUAUUGAUACUGCUGAUCAGAUGCCGAUUUCAUCUGAUGCAUCAUUCCCAGAUGCACAAGUCACUGCAGAUGUAACUGAACCAAUGGAUGAGUCUUCAGUACCACAAAGUCCAAUUGAUGGAGACGUUGUGACAGUGCAACAAGCAAUGGCCGAGUUAUUCAAGAUGCAACAGGCUUUUGCAACUCGACCGUAUCAAGCUAAUGUCAUUGAGCUAGAAAAAAUAAAUGAAGCAAGAGUACGAGAGGAAGAGGAGAAAACCAAACAACGCGGUCUUGAACUUCAAAUCGAGAUGCAACGUACAAGACGGAGACAAUUGGAACUCGACUUUGAAAAAGAAGAACGCAAGAAAGACCGUGAAGAACAAGCCAAGCUCAUUGCAAGUCUUUUCGAGCGGCUCGAACCGAAGAGACAUUGA